GGAGGAGCUGAGGAGGAGCUGAGGAGCAGACGGGGAGCUGAGGAGCAGACGGGGAGCUGAGGAGCAGACGGGGAGGGGAACAGACACAAAAAACAUCUGGUCCAGGAUCAGCCGGGAACAUGGGAGUAGCACCCGAACCCGACAUCAACACCUCCACCCUCCACUCUUGCGUCAACGUCUCCUUUCAGCCUCCGGUUGGAGCCGCGUCUCCGUACAGCACGGCUCAGCUGGUCCUCAUCAUCACCGUCACCGCCUCCCUCAGUGCCGCCACCGUCCUGGGCAACACACUGGUGAUCCUGUCUAUCAAGGUGAACCGCCGCCUGCGGACCGUCAACAACUACUUCCUUUUGAGCCUGGCGGUGGCCGACCUGAUCGUCGGCCUGCUGUCCAUGAACCUGUACACGCUCUAUAUGCUGCGCGGCCGCUGGCCCCUGGGGGCCGCCGUCUGCGACACGUGGCUCGUGGUGGACUACGUGGUGAGCGGAGCCUCUGUCAUGAACCUGCUGAUCAUCAGUUUGGAUCGGUACUUCUGCAUGACGCGGCCGCUCAGCUACCCGGCGUGGCGGACUGGCGCGAUGGCCGGUCUGAUGAUCGCCGCCGCCUGGCUGCUGUCCUUCGUCCUCUGGGCGCCCGCCAUCCUCAGCUGGCAGACACUCGAGGGGAAGCGCGUCGUCCCUGACGGGGAGUGCCACACUCAGCUCCUCGCCAGCCCCGGCGUCACUCUGGGCACGACGCUUCCUUCCUUCUACCUGCCGGCGUUUGUCAUGGUCGGCCUGUACGGACGCUUGUCCGCCGGCAGCCGCGGUCGACUGAGCGCGCUCCAGUGGGAGCCCGGCGCGCUCAGGACAUCCAGUCCGUCCAUAAAAGACUUCCUCUUGAAACGGCGAAGCUUGGUGACCAGUGACCCGGGUUCAGACCUGUCUCUCAACCAAUCAGACACUCCAAAGACUCGAAGGAACCCAAAUGGGUCCAGAUGUGCAGGCGACACCUCGGAGCCUCAGCAGCGUCAUGCCCGGGCCGCCACCGAAGACUACAACAAGAUCGAAACCGACUCCUCGUCCAACGCCGACCUCCACAGGAAGGCGUCGGCAGCCUUCUCCUCCAGCUUCAGGUCUCAGGAGAGGCAGCGGCGUCGAGUGAUGGCGAGGGAGAGGAGGGUCACCAAGUCCAUCCUGGCCAUCCUGCUGGCCUUCAUCCUCACCUGGACGCCGUACAACGUCAUGGCCGUGGUGGCGGCCUUCUGUCACGUCUGCGUCCCGGGCGUCUUGUGGAACGCGGGCUACUGGCUCUGCUACGUCAACAGCGCCAUCAACCCCGGCUGCUACGCCCUUUGUAAUGAGACCUUCAGGAAGACCUUCUGCAGCCUCCUGCGCUGCCGGAGUAGGAACAUCAAAUUAAACAAGAGAACUUGGGCUACAAGAAUCAGUAAGCCAUUUCCACACAACUCAAACGCCAACUGAAAGAAUU